CUUAUUCUGAUCUGGACACCGAUUGAUUGGUUUUCAUUGCUAACCCUCAGUCACAUGACAUACUCUGGUGACAUACACAAUGAACAACUCAACGUGCGCUAAGGAUAAAAUUGCAGAGCUGGUCGCUCAAUAUGGAGCAGUUCCCCCUCCUUGGUUCAUGUUCCAGGACACCAAUCCAUACAGCAUAUGCUGGCGUAUGGGCGCUGGCGAAGACUAUAUAAUAUUAUUCUUUACCUGGUGGGGGGAACAAAAAGAAAGCCUUGAUGAGUCUCAACGCAUUGAGUAUUUUCGGAAAUGGCCACCGCCACCUCCAUGGCUUACGUGGAUGAUAGAGGUUAUUUGGGAUGUUAACCCUGAGGAUUUCGAUGAUGAUGAUGAUUACGGGCCCUACUUCGAACGCACUAAAGCACUUGGCUUUGGGG